AUGAGCUGCACCAUCGAGAAGAUCCUGACGGACGCCAAGACGCUGCUGGAGCGGCUGCGGGAGCACGACGCGGCCGCCGAGUCGCUGGUGGACCAGUCGGCGGCGCUGCACCGGCGGGUGGCCGCGAUGCGGGAGGCGGGGACGGCGCUUCCGGACCAGUAUCAGGAGGAUGCAUCCGAUCUGAAGGACAUGUCCAAGUACAAGCCUCACAUUCUGCUGUCCCAGGAGAACACGCAGAUUAGAGACUUGCAGCAGGAAAACAGAGAACUGUGGGUGUCCUUGGAGGAACACCAGGAUGCUUUGGAGCUCAUCAUGAGCAAAUAUCGGAAACAGAUGUUACAGUUAAUGGUUGUUAAGAAAGCAGUGGAUGCUGAACCAGUCCUGAAGGCUCACCAGACUCACUCUGCAGAAAUCGAGAGUCAGAUCGACAGAAUCUGUGAAAUGGGGGAAGUGAUGAGGAAAGCAGUUCAGGUGGAUGAUGACCAAUUUUGUAAGAUUCAGGAAAAACUAGCCCAAUUAGAGCUUGAAAAUAAGGAACUUCGGGAAUUACUGUCCAUCAGCAGUGAGUCGCUUCAGGUCAGAAAGGAAAGCUCAAUGGACACUGCCUCCCAAGCCAACAAAUAA